AUGGCGGCGACCGUUCCGCAGGUACGGAUCUUUGUCGUGUUGCCAGUACCGUUGCGUGUGUACCCCCGUACUGUGACUGGCACGGCUCAUGUCGUACGUAACACCGCCCAGCAUGGCAGGUGCAAAGGGGCCUUGCGGCACCCACGCCGCCUGCAUUCUAUUCGCCAGCCCUGCCCACGAGAACAAUCCAAAUUUGCAUUCGCACGCACCAACGCCGAUGGAUUCCGCUCGGAAUCCCAUCCAGCGUCCCUCACUCCGAGGUUGGCGGGCGCCGAGCGCCGGCUCUGCACUCCCCUGAGCCUCUCGCGGCAUGGCGACGUCGUCUCCAGCAGCCCCAACGCAUCCCACCCCCGGCCCAGCCCCCGCAAUGAGCCGACGCCGACGCUGCGUGCCGCGACCACGCGGACGACGGCGACGACAUCCUUGGACGCCUUCGAGAAUCUUCACCCCGGAUGCCUCUCGCGGCCGGCAGUGGCGACAUUGGUCUGGGGCAAGGCGGGGGAGGAGACUUGA